AGGGCGAUGCACAGUCUCACCCUCCUGGAUAUGGACAAAUCGGACGAGGCAUUUUCAAUGGCGCGUCAGUUUUACGGCGCGCGUGGACGUGACGUAUUGCCGACGGCAAAAUCCAAAGAGCCGGUCGGUGGAGGGUUAAGAUAG